ACUUCGUUUUUCUUUCUCUCAUUGAAAACACGAGCAUGGAAGAAGAAAGACAACACAAAAUCACCAAUUUAUUGGAAACAUACUUUAGUGAUGCGUCUCUGUUGUGGGAUAAAGUGAUGCUUAGUAAAAUAUUAGCGGAUCCUAAAGGCAUGGUACCAAUUGAAGCAUUAUGUAAAUUGCCCAGGUUGAAAGCUAUUCAAGCCACACCCGAAGAGAUUAAGUAUUGUGCAGAACACCAUUCACAGUCGAAAUUACAGAUCGAUCAAGAAAAGAUUGGUAGAAUCAAACCUUACGUGGUGAAUAAAAUUGAAGAACUGGACGAUUGGUCUAUUUAUGUGGAAGGAUUGGAAAAGCCAUACAAUAACGAGCAAGCUAUCACUCAGUUAUUUUCGUCUCUUGUUGGCCAUGUUUCUUUUUUCCGUAUACCACCCAAUCAACAAGGACAGUCCAAUUUUUUAAGUUACUGCUUUAUCGAAUUUGAUCUUCAACAGAAUGUGGAAAAGGCAGUUCAAUUGUUUCAACAAAAGGUGACACCUGACCAUCCACCAGCAAAGGAACUCAAACUUAGAGUCAUGUCAAAGCUGGAAUGGAACAGGUACAAGGAUGAGUAUCUUCAUGUUCUUGAAGAACGUAAAGCGGCUUUAAAAAAGCUGUGGGAGGAUUACCACCAAAAAUAUCCAGACGGUCAAGGCGAUGAGGCAUAUCAUCCAGAGGCUCAAGAAGAAAAAGGGUAUGAGGAAGGUCUGGUAGUGUUUGUAGAUGGUCUUCAUCCUCAAUGUGCUAGAACCACCGCUACUGCUUUGUUACAGACCUCGGGUGUUGAGAUCGCGUUUAUGAAUACAAAGAAGAAGGGAUUACAAACAGUACAUGUUCGUCUCAAGAAUAGAGAGGAUGCACAAAAGCUAUGCGCUUAUUUCGAUCAGCAUCCUAUUAUGCAAGAGACAGGACAAGAUACAGUUGGCAAAGAGCAAGCAAGCAAAACUCGAGAUUGCCUAAGACUACGAAUACUCGAAGGAACUGAAGAGGGCAUCUACUGGGAAAGCGAAUUUAAAGUGCACAAAAAAUAAAG